UCGAUUUGACUAGCCUUUUAUAGCAGCGGAAGUUUGACUACUUGAGCCAAGGAACGUUGACUUGAGGAGAUAGAAGACGAAGAUGCGACAUCUCGGGGCCGCUGGUUAUUAUCGCGGCCUCUCUUAUAGGUCGCUUCAUUUUACGGUGGCGGCGUGAGCACAGCCGCGUCAGGUUGGACCCAUGACCGACGAACGGGGAGAAUACGUCGAGUGGCGUUUCUGGCGCUUCCCUCCGCCCAACGCCAACCAUCAGCGUUUCGGCGACGAGAUCGAGAGGUUCGCCGCAGCGGCCGCGACGGCUGCUCGUGCUGGAACCGUCGGGAGAAAAGCCUCCGUCGCUUGCGAGCAGCGAGGCCGUCCGGCGGCGAGGCGAACUGCGACGCCGCAGUGCUCGGUAUUCCUCGAAAAGCGACCGGCCGCCGUCGCCGUUCAAGAUGAAAGCAGCAACCAGCGGGCAGAACCGGCCGGGAUGCCGCCAUCGGAGCCCGUCUCUGCGGCCCGCGGAGCAGACGACGUCGCUGAAGCAGACGACGACGCCGCCGGCGUCACGGAUUCGUUCCAGCCGAAGCGGAGCCAUGGCGUGAGCCAACGGGACGGCGUCGCUGCGGUCUCGGUGGCCGGCGAUUGGCGGAGGAUCGCUAGGCCUAACCGCGUAGGUCGUCUGCUGCGCGACGCCUCGGCAGGUGAUGCGGCGGCCGCCGAAGGCGGCGGCGAUGACGACGACGCGGGUGUUAGCUUCGCACCGGCGGCGAGCACCUUCAGAGCAGCAGCUGCCGCACCCGUAGGAGACACUAUGGGCAACAAGGCGAGCAGCAGCGGUCAUCAGGCCGAAAAGAGAGCCAAGGGCUCCACCGACUGCUUGUCCGAGACGCCCAAAGGUAGCCCCGGGCUCUUUCGGUUGGGCCGCGACGUCGUCAGGGGGAAAGUACGGAAGACUCCGCAGACUGCGCGAAAGGCGGCGUCGGCGGCGGCCGCCGCCGCCGCUGCGCAAGACGACGUCGGCGUCGCUGCGGGAAAAUGCCAAGUCGGCGGCACGGGCCCCGAGUCGCACGUGGUGGGUACGAAUGGCACUCCGAAGAAAAGAAGCGAGUCGAGUCCGGAGAGCUCGGUUUGUUCGGUCUACGUCGACACGGUCUCGCACCUGGCCGAUUCCGAAGACGGCGUCGUAGCGGACGCGUCGUCCUCGAGGACGGCGGCCGAAAGCGAAGCGGGGACGACGCCACCGCAGCGGUCUCCGAGCAACGCGAGCGAUACGACCGUCUUCGGCGACGACUUCGUGUUUCCGCAGCAGCCGGCCCCGCCCUCCUCGGCGCCUGUCACCGCGAAUGGCGCGGGAACGACGUCGCUUACCGGCGGGCUACCCGCGUACCGCAGUGCCACCGCGUUGGGACUGCGCGUGCGGUCUCACAGUGAAGCCGACUCGACGUCGGUGUACUCGGUCGCUCGCGCGACCCCGUCCUGCACGAGCCUGGGUCGCGGCGAUUCCAACAAGGCGACCGGCGAGGGAGCGGCGUCGGCAGCGGGCUAUGCCGCGCCCACCUUCACGUUGACGCAGCACCGCAAGGUGGUCCUACCCAAAUUCUCCGCGCCUUCGACCGCACUGCCUUCGGCAUCGGCUACUGCCGCAGCCAACGAGGAAAGUGGCGAUGCAAAACCUGGCGCGCCUGCUGGUUCCAGUGUCACGUCGAGCGGCGGUGGACGCCGGCAUUCGGCGUACGACGACGCGCCCCCGCUGGCUGGCAAUGUGCUCCGCAAAGUUGCCUCCCUGACGCUGGAGCGCGCGACCAUCGAGGCGAAAGUGAACCGGCCCAAAGUGGUUCCCGAGAAGCUCGACUUCAGCAUUUAUGAAAAAUUCGAAGGCCAGAUGCUGCUCAAUUGGUUCUGCACGACGUUCCCGGAAGACCACUACCUGCGGUUUCUGCUGACAAAGCAGGACCUGAAGCUGCUGGCGGCUCAGUUCUGCACUCACCUGCUGGCCGCAGGGGUGCUGCGCCAGAUAGAGGACGAAAACGCCCCGCUCGAAUCCCUCUUUCGGCCUGACCUGAUGUACUACUGGACACACUCUGAAGUACCAGCAUGCCCGGUAAGCAACGUUGUGCCUGGAAAACUGACCACGGACUACUGGCCGCCGCCAGACUCUGAAGGUGAUGCCAGGCCUGGUCUUCGAUACACAGAAGCAGAGGCGCAGCAGAUGGUCAUGGGCUUGAAAAAGGCCCACCGGAAUGAGCUGGAGAAGCUGCAGAAAGCGCAUGAGCUCGCCCUCUUCUCUCUACGAGGAGAGCAGGCUGCCAGGCUGACGGACUACGAGGGUCAAGUCGUUCGUCUGGAGCAAGAGAUUGACAAGUACCAAACCCUGGCCGGAAUUGAAGAACUGACCAGGAAGGCGCGAGACCUAGACGCACCCCAGGCGACGACACCGGCACCCGCUCGCGCUACAGCGCAGGUGUCGCAACGGUCUUGCGAAGUCCAGACCCUCUCUGCAGCGCUGCGGUCUUGCGAAGUGCAGACCGCUGGAUCGGCUACCUGUGAUAAGUGGGUCCAGGCGCAGUGGAGGUUUGCAGUGGGCAUGGUUCAGACGGACGAGGCGGAAUACGCGACCCAGGAAUCUCAGACCCAUGUCGAUGCAUGUCACCAGGAGUGCCAAACGGACGAGCAGCUCGUCCCGCCCACCGUGGUAGUGACGAGCGCUGGUAGCCUGCCCACGGCAACCGCACUCUCCCAGGCAGCGCCACCGCCUCCACCUCCUCCGCCUCCCCCACCCCCACCAUUUCCUUGCACACCGCCGCCUCCUCCGCCUCCACCGCCCCCAUUUAUGGGCAUGGCCACGCCCCCUCCUCCACCGCCGCCUCCUCCCUUUCCCGGCAUGGCCACGCCUCCGCCCCCUCCCCCUCUGCCAGGAAUGGGCAUGACCCCUCCGCCACCUCCGCUACCCCCGUUCGUGGCGCCGGUCCAUGGCUCCCCGGCACCCCCUCCUCCUCUCCCGCCGGGGCUGGGACCAGUGCCGAUGCCGGCGCCCCCUGUGGGUGGCUGGCACAACGCCUAUGCCGCAGCCCGCAAGCAACCUGUGAACCCUAAGGCGGCGAUGAAGCCCCUCUACUGGACGAGGAUUCAAGUGCCCACGGCGAAGCAGCCACAGGCUGCUUUGCCGGAGAGCCCAGAAAAGACAGCAGAGCAGAAGACACUGUGGGAGAGCCUGGAGGAGACUCCUCCUACUGACUGGGACGAGUUCGAAAACUUGUUCUCUAGGCAGGUACAGGAGAAAAAGCCCACAGCCAAAACGAAAAGUGCCAAGCAAAAGACUAAGCAGGUGGCGAAGCUUCUUGAUCAGAAACGAUCACAAAACGUCGGCAUACUGAUAUCAAGCCUUCGCCUCGAAAUAAGUGAUGUGGAGAAUGCCAUCUACAACUUCGACACAUCGGUCGUGAGCUUGGACACACUUCAAGCACUUUAUGAAAUUCGCCCAACAAAUGAGGAGCUGAAGCUGAUCCAGGACCACCUAGCUGUGAAGCCUGACAUUCCGUUAGACAAGCCGGAGCGCUUCUUGCUCGAUCUGUCUCGCAUUCCGGAGUACGCCGACCGUGUCGGAUGCAUCAUGUUCCAGUCGACCUACACGGAGGCCAUCAGCGCCGUGGAGAACAAGCUGAACAACCUCAAGAUGACAUGCCAGGCAUUAUUGCACAGUAAAGAGGUGCGCACUAUCCUGGGGCUUAUAUUGGCUCUAGGCAACUACAUGAACGGAGGGAAUAGGAGUCGUGGACAAGCUGAUGGCUUUGGCCUCGAGAUCCUGGCCAAGUUGAAGGACGUCAAGAGCAAGGACAACUCUUUGACUCUUCUUCACUACAUUGUCAGAGUCUAUAUAAGCAAGUUCCAGGAGCUGCCUCCAGAGAACCCUUGUGCUGUUAAUGACGUUUCCCAGGAGAAGGCGAAAUUUCCGCUACCUGAGCCGACCGACAUGGAGCGAGCUGGACUCGUCAAUUUCGAUGACAUCAGGGCGGAUCUCAAGAAGCUCGAUGCCCAGAUCAAGAGUUGCGAGUCCAAGGUGCAGAAGGUGCUGGCAAACUCGGACGGCGAGCACCAGGAACCCUUCCGGGAGCAGAUGACCACGUUCCUGCAGAAGGCAAGCCAGGAACAGAAGGAGCAGGAGGAGAACCUUGAGGAGUGCAGGCUCAAAUUCCUGGAGACCAAGGACUACUUCAGCCUGCAGCCCAAGUCCAAGAUUGAGUCCGAGUGGCCGAAGGAGUUCUUCACUCCGUGGGUGCCUUUCUGCAAUGACUUCAAAAACAUUUGGAAGAAGGAGGUCCAGCGCAAGAUCAAGCUCGACUUUGAGGCAGCUAGGAAGAAGGUGAAGGACCUGCAGGAAGCCAAGAAAUCCAGCGUGAUGUCCGAGGUGGUGAAGGUCAGGAACAACAAGCCGUCUGGCCUGAAAGCGAAAAUGACGAAAAGGAUGCAGCAACUUGGACAGAGCUUUCCUGCGUCUGGAGCACCUUAAAAAAAAAAAAUCUUUGUGAGACUAGAUCUGACUUUUGUAGCAUGCGGUGUGCAGAAGCCGACAUACAAGUAUAUGUAUAUACAUAGUGCGACAUAACUAUUUUUAAUGAGAGAUUAAUACUGUUAAGGGCGCACAGUUGUUGUUGCGUGCAACAGGUAUGUCGGGUAAACUUUCGUGCUGGAUCUGUCUGUCAGCUGUUGCAAGGCUGUGUUGAAUCGUGAAUCUCAAGUCGUCAAACGUGUUGGCUAGAUGCGGGAGCCAGGGAACCGUUUCUUUUUUUGCAUACGUGAUGAGCACUUACUGGUGCGAUAAACAGGGGCUGUAUUGUGCAAGGAUUGAUUUCGUUCGAUUCUAUUAUUUUAUCACUGGUCACAGCAGCUGGCCAGUACCGACAAUAUUGAAGACUUGGUUUCACCGGACAGUGACAAAGGACGAAAAAAAAAAAAGGAAAAUCAACUGAAUCCUUCUAUAAUGCAGUCCCAGUCAUUAGGAUAUGGCACUGUCUCGACGAUGCAAGAUUGCAGGUGUCUUGGAAGUGGUUGUAUGAGGUUGACGAAGCAAGUGCAAAAAGAAAAAAAAAAUAUGCUAUCUUUUUUUAGUUCUCGACAGGUGGCAUUUGGAUAGCUGGCCACAGCUGGUUGCGAGUUGCGAUUGUUGUUGUAACCUAAUAGAUCGAUUAAAAAAUUUAACUGCCACUUUACAGAGCAUUUUAGGGCAGCUGUUAUCAACUCAACACAAAAAAUUCUAGUUCAAACUUUUUAAUCAAUACAGAGCAUCAGUGGCGUAGCUAGGUUGUGUGGCCCCUGGGGCCCAUAGGUCUUCUGUCACCCCCCCCCCACCCCCCCCCCCCCCGGGUGCAGCCUGCGGAAAGAGGGAUGUCUUCAGACGUAUAUGACACCCCCCUCCCCCCGCUGGCUCCUCGCACCCGGGGCCCACGGCCCCCCGGCCCCCCCUGUUGCUACGCCACUGCAGAGCAUGUAAGUGAUGCUAUCGAUUAUACAAGUGUCCCAUACAAUGUUACGGAAGUAACAAAAUUUUUUAAAGAUUGCACACGGCAGAUAGCAUAAUUCUAACCCCCAAUCUAAAUUGCUCGCUGAGGCGGCCAUUACUUCUAUGAGAAAUCAAAAUGUUCAAUUGAAUAAUUCACAUAAUUGUGCUGAUUAACUUCUAAAUUAAUAAUUUAUGCUGCAUAUUUCAAUCUACGAAUUAUAGUCGUCGAGUGCGCACAGCGUAUCCGCUUGGAAUGAGUUCUCUGGGUAGCACCAGUUCCGAUAUAUUAAUUUUCAGUUUCCAACGAAAUGCAUUUGUGUUCCAGUUACUUUUUAAGAAACCACUGUGUUAUGCAUUGAAGCACAAAUCAACUGAAGCACCAAUGCAUUUCGAGGGACACUUCAAAAAUUAAUAUCUCGGAACUGGUGCUGUCCAGGGAAUUCGUUCCCAGUGGAUACACCGUGCGAACCCAGCGGCUAUAAUUCAUAGAUAGAAAUAUGUGGCGUAAAGUAAAUAAUUGAAAAGCUAAUUAGCAUAAUUACGUGAAUUAUUCAGUUGAACGUUUUGAUAUCUCGUAGAAGUAACAGCCGUCUCAUCGAGUAAUUUAGAUCUCGGGUUAGAAUUGUGCCCUCUGCCAUAGGCAAUCUUUAAAAAAUCUGGUGCAGCUUAAAAGAACACUCAGUAGGAUGUGCUUAUACAGUGAAAUCUCAUUACUACAAGCUUCAUGUUAAGUCUUUUCACAGCGAAAGUUUUAAAAGUACUUAGCCCAAAAGCCUAUUGUACUAUGUAAAAAUUAUUUCACAACAAAUUUCAAAACAUAAUAUUUUGAAAUAAUAGGUGAACAUGUGUGCUUUGUCUGUAUUAGUAUCAUCUCAACAUAACGAAUUCGUAACCUGAAAUAUUAUGCACAAUUUAAACGUACAAAGCCGUGAAAAACCUGCCACGGUGGCUUAGUGGCUAUGGUGUUGUUGGGCUGCUAAGCAAGAGGUCAUGGUACGAGACCCUGGCCGCGGCGGUCACAUUAACAUCGGUGUCCUGUGCAUUAGGGGGCGCGUUAAUGAAACCCUGGUGGUCAAAGUUAACCUGGAGUUUCCCACUAUGACGUCCCUCAUAAUCGAAUCAUCGUUUUGGCAUGUAAAAAAACCCCACGAAAUUCAGUUAAUUCAAGCUGGGAAAAAUUAAGCGCACCAUCAUCAACAGCAGAUGGCUGCGAUUACAAAUCUAGUUUGUACAGUGGCAGACCCAUUUGUUCAUUGGUAUUGGUAAGAUAAGAACUGUCCACCCUAGCCUUAGGGCAUCAUCUUGUCCCACAACAGUAAUUGUCAGCAAUAUCGUAUGUAUUUCCUAUCUUGAAUUAACACUGCACAAACAUACUUUUUUUGCUGCAACAUGAAAUAUUUGCCAAACUUUACAUGCUUUAAACUGCCUGUUCUACCAAGACCCAAGACAAGAUGUACUCGUCGCAGAAUUGUUGCAUUUAUUAAGAUAUAAGCUGAGGUCUUCUUUUUUUUUCAGACUCCUUAGCCUCGAAGCCGCCUCCUGCCUUAUAUGCGAGACUGAUCAAUUCAGUUCCUGUUUUAAUAUGGCAGCAGCAUGCUUGAAUGCUUGCAGCACCGAACGCAUGCUUAAGAGCAGCACAGUACCACUGUGCAAACGCUCCGUCACGUGGCUUUUUUCAAAUUUCGCGGGGCUUUCUUUGCAACCCAGAAAAAAGGACUGCGUGAGACAUAUCGUAAAGGAAGCAACUAGAUCGGUGGUUUCUGAAGGUGCUCUACAAAUCUGCGUAUCAUACUUGGGGCCCUCAGCAAGUAAUUAAAAAGUUGGGUGUUGUAACUAAUUAAUUAGCGAGUUCUGGGGGAAAUAAAAUAUUGUCAGAGUUACUAUAGGCUAUUGCAAAUAGUAUCUGUUCGAUUCAAUUCGCUUCCGACGUACCUUUCUUUUUUAAAUUCUUGGCUCAAGUCAUGUGGUUCACCCUGUGUAGUACCAUAAGCACCUGGCUUCAAGUUGUAGCCGAAGUUUUUACCAUUUGAAUACUUCGUCUCAGGGUGAUGAGUGUUUAUUUUGACAAAGGCUCCCAGGAAGGGAGGACAGCAGAAACGACAGUUUUGCAUUCUAGCAUACCCGGACACUUUGCCUUUCAGUAACGUGCAUCCCUCCCAACUUGCUCAACUUUCAGUCGUUCGGACUUUGCGUUUAGCUCUUCACACAUGACUGCACAGAACCGGGUAUGCCUAUUCGUUCUUUUUCUGCAAGAUGGCAUUGGGUUUGCCCAGGUUUGGUAGGCAUAUCAGCUGUUUGCGAUGCGCGACCCUCUGAGCAAUAUGACUUGCACCGAUUAGGUGUUUUCAGAAACAGUGUGCCAGAAUGUGCAGCUCUUAUGCAAGCUUUGUUGUCGCUAUCAUAUUUAUUCAAAAGGGAGUAGUAGUGUGCCUGGAUCUGCAAUUCUAACUGAACUUUAUCUUCGCUAUCAUAUCUAUUCAGAGGCGAAUAGCAUAGAUGAGUGCCGUUGACGACGUAAAUUGUUAUUGUUUUAACAGUUGCGUUGAUCGGUGAGCAUCUGUCAUGCUUCAGUGCUUUGUACUGAUGUAACUGCCUGCUGGAUCAGGUGUACGGCAGACUCGCAGGUGUACUGGGGCAUGGCAUGCUUUUAACUGCUGCUGCAAGCUUUUGUCUUAGAUCGGCACGCUGGAGGAUGAUUGGGCCUUUGCGGCACUGUGUCUAAAAUUGUGCUAACUACAUAAAUUGGAAUUAGCAAAACGAGCAACUAGUAAAAAGAAUGGUGCUUAUUAUUUUUCUUUGCAACUUCUAAGAUCCCUGCUUACUAGACUUCUUUAACGUUCAAUGUCACGGGUCAAGUUUGUUAGAAGAAAAAAAAAAAUGCUAGAAGAUAGGAUGUGCUUUCCAAAAGUGCCACUACGUCACCACAACAGGAGGUUUUCUACUUCUUUGUUUCCGUUUUCUUUUCAUGCUCGAUAUGAUUUACAUCAGAUGAACUUCAGAACUGGCUUGGUGUCUCCAACCGCAUCUUAAAAAGCUCAUUCUCAUUCCUGUAGCUGAAGUAGUGUUUCGAGUUCAUGCCUGGAGUUUGUGUAUUUCUGGAUACAAUUUUUUUUACUGCUUUGAUUUUGCGCGUUUUUAACAGUGCUAACGAACCCCCCAAAAUAUCAUAAAGCAAGAUUUUCAGCCUGUAGAGACAAUUUGUGCCUGAAAAGCUUAGAUUAAUCAGCUCAUGCUAGUUGCUUUUGUUUCCAGAGAACCUUUCCAGUGUGUGGGAAAUGCACCUAGCUGGAGGGGCUUCUGUUCGAUGUCUCGGGUUGUCAGACAGAGAUCAAAUUAAAGCCACAAAUGCAAAAGUGUCGCCUAAUUUAACAUAUGUAUGCAUAUAUGACAGACUGCUUCUACUGUGGCUUUGUGUAGUUAGGUUUGGUUUACUUCUAUGUGACAUUCAUAAGCACUUUUAGCACACCUGCAAGAAUACUCGCAUUGCUGUGACUGCAAGAGACAUGUUACUAACUGCAAUAAAGGGUAUACUUUGUAUAAAUUAUUUUUGUGUAUGAUUUGUAUAUGCACCCCUACUUCUGUGAUCACACUGUGUAAUUCAAAAUUGUCUAAUGUUGCUUGGAGGAGUGGCAGAUUGUGCCCACUUGUUGAAAUGGAUGAUACAUAUCAUUUGGGAGACAUCUGUGAAGUGAACUUGCAAUGUUUUUUUUUUUUUUUGUACUAAGAACUUCCAAUUGUUGAUGGUUUGGCUUUGAAUUUGUGUGCAUAGGGUCCUUCAUUCUGAGGUGAAAUCCAUUUUCUGACAGUAUUUCACACACACUUAUACCUGGUUUUGGUGAGAGUUGGGAGGGAGUCUGUUGGGACAAUUGCAGUAGUUUCACAGCGGUACAAUGAAACCACUCUUAGGUUUUAAAAACAGGUGUCCCCUCUGUGUGGGAAUGGGCUUUCAGCCAUGCUUAAUGCACACUUAAUGCUAAUCAAGUAUGGUAUACCUGAAAAAGCAAGAGUGCAUGCUGAUUGCGAUUUUCUUUUGCAAGGCUUUCUCCCUCUCACCUCUCACUAAAAGGAAAAAUGAUUUUGUGAACUGUUUGCAGGAGAAUAGCCCAAAUUUUUUACCUCGAUUACAAAUUGCUAUAAGCUAAAAAAAUACUGCCCAAAAUUUUAUGUCGCAGAUGUAAAAAUGGAAAACCUGAAGUGAAGGACCCUUAAUACAGUACACACCAUAUAUGAAUAAUAACUUGUGCUGUUACGAGUGGUAUGCUAUCGACGAGUGAUUAUUUUGCUUGUACGUAAAGGUUGCCUUGCAGCAGCUGUUACUGUAUACACUUGUAGAUGUUGUGGUUGCAUGGUAUGGCUGCUUAUCUCAGCAGAUCGACAUGGUGGACUCUGCCAAAGAUGUUCUACUCUGGACCUUUUUUUAUUUUAGUCUGUUCAGUUUGGCUGGGGAAUGUAGUGCACAUAGCAGCUUCUUUAUUUUGUACAAGCUCCCUGGGUGAUGAACACUUGUUUUUUCAGAGGCAGCACUUAUUGACUUUGACAAGACGCACAUUCCACUGUUUCCCCCCACUUUCUUUUUUUAAAGCAGAUGGUCCAUUCCUUCGAGAUGUAUUUAUUUUAUUUAUAUUUAUUUAUAAUAUUUUAGAGACAAAUAAAGCUCUUUACACGCUU